AUGAUAGAAAAUAUUGUUCAAUCUUUCAAGCAAGAGGAAGAGAAAGAGAAAGAGAAGGAAGAAGAGCUUGAUGGAUUAUGGUCUAAGCUUCCAUUUCAUCUUCUUAGUCUAAAUGAAGUAGAGCUUGAUGGAUCAUGUUCUGAGUUUUCAUUAGAUCUUCUUUGUGAGAAAAAGAAGGAAGAAUUGCUAGACAGAUCAUGGUCUGAGCUUCCAUUUCAUCUUCUUUGUCAAUUUUCAGCACGCCUCAUUCUCAGAGACUUGAGUACUUUUCGUGCCAUUUGCAAAUCAUGGCGAUUAAGUAGUCCUAUGAGUCCACUUCGACCAUUAUUGGAUCCCCCAUAUUUUCAUUAUCCAUGUUUAAUGCAAUUGGAUAUUCACAAAUGCACAUUCUUUCAUCCAAUGCAUGAUAAUGGCAGUUAUCAAAUGGAUAUUCCAGAGUUACAAGAUGCAUCUAUCCGAUAUUCAAAGUACGGUUGGCUUCUUUUGUCUAAAAAGGAUGGAAGUGUCUUUUUCUUCCAUCCCUUUGAUGGGAUUAAAAUAGAACUCCCAAGUUAUCCUUGCAAGGAAGAAUUUAAAUCAAUGAGUUUUUCUUCUCCCCCAACUUCUAUUAACUGUUUUGUUAUUGCAAUCAUAUCUAAUGGAUCCAAAUUCGGCAUCAUUAGGCGUGGUGAAGUGGCUUGGACUUUGUGCGAAUUUACAGAGCGUUUUCAGCCUCUUGGUAAUGGGAAUCCCCUACUAUAUAAAGACCGUUGCUAUUGGUUGGGUCUACGAGAGGCCGGUCUCCCAGCUGAAGUGGGAGUAUUUGAUCCGCAUGAAUACUUGACUCACCCUAAUCAGUACAAAUGUCGAUGGAAAUAUCUUUCCUAUUUUACUCCUCCGGAAUACUUAGAUUAUUCAUGCAAUAGUUAUUUGUUGGAAAGUGAUGGUAAGCUUUUUGCAGUAUUUGAGCUUAAUGAUAUUGAGCCAAGUAUUCAAAUUUACUCAUUGAAUCUCUCCUCAAUUGGGACAAGGAUGAAAUGGCAUAAAGUGACAAAUAUUGGAAAUAAAAUGCUAUAUGUUAGUUCCUAUAGUUCUUUUUCAGAAUUGGCUGUGGCAGAAGGUAUGAGUAAUAAGAUUUACUUGCCAAAUGUUCUAGACAACAAUAACAUAUUCUACUCUCUCCAAACUAAGAAGUACCACUCCUGUUUUAGUGAUUAUUCAAGUAAGAGUAUAUCUCUCGGAAGAGAACUAACCGGAUGCACUUGGAUUAAACCCAAUUACAUAGAUUUGGAUAAAGGGUUUAAAUGGUGA